CUGUCCACCAGAGGGCACUGUUUAAGGCACUCUGAAGGCCUCAUUGCAGAGAAUAGAAAGUUUGGAGUUCAAAAAACUUCUGACCAAAUGGAUUUACGUCCUCUCCACACCACCAAUAAACCCCUGAGACACACCUGGAACCCCAUCAGGACCAAUGAAGACGCGCGUGUGAGCAGACAUCUGUUCUGGACUCUGAAGGCUGAACAGUUCUGCUCCUCUGAGGAGUUUAGCUCUCAUCUGUUCCUGCAGUUCUGCUUCUUCUUUGAACAGCCUCCUGGACCUGCCAUCAUGUCUGUAGCGAUGAGUCGAGCAGACGGUGUGACCAUCCUCACGGUGACCUCUGACCCCCGAAGUCCCUGGCCUCCUCUGUGCCAGGUGGUGAAGAGCCUGUGCUGCCACCCGGCGUGCUGCUCGGCGUCCCGGCAGCUGCGCAGCAUCCAGAGGAGCUCUCUGUCAGUCCUGGGGGCCGUGCAGGUCAUGGUCGGGCUGCUCCACAUCGGCCUCGGUGCUGUUCUCACUAAAAGCCUGAUGGAUUUGUGGUGGCUGAGGGACACCGGCUUUCCCUACUGGACCGGAGUUCUGUGCGUUGUGUUUGGGAGCGUGUGCAUCCUGUCUGAGACGAUCCACAGUCCAUGUUUGGUUCUGGUGAAUGUGAUGUUAAACGUGGCUGGAGCUGCUUUUGCCGUCACGGCCAUCGUCCUCUACAGCAUCAACAUGACGGAGAUAAUUUACCUGAGGAAUACCUGCAGAGAGAACUAUUACGACUACGGCACAACACCCAGUCCAGGUUCUGUAGAGGCCGAGCUGGAGAUGAGAUGUUUGGAGGGCCGGCGAAUCACCAUGAUGAUCCAGAGAAGCAUCAACUCCUUCCUGAUUGUCCUGUCAGUCCUGCAGCUCUGCGUGACCAUCAGCUGUGCCGUCGUGAGCAUCACGGCUCUGUGUGGCGUUGAGACGAAGAGCGAGAGCUCCGAUGAUCUCUACAAACCUCUGCUGGAGGACGUCUCCGCUGAGCCUGCAGUCUGAACGUGAACUAUCCACGGCUGGUUGUUUUUCUGUUCUCAUUAAACAUUUCAAAUGAA